AUGCCUGAUCAGGACAAAAAGUUGAAGAGCACAGCAAAAGCAAUAAAACAAAAGCCUUCUGGGAUCUCUAUGAGGGAUUAUUCUGAUCUAAAAUGGCUUCAGUCUCUCUUAAGUGUUCAGUCAAGGAACCAACAGCUUCCAGCUAUAUAUAUUGAAAGUGGUCAAACUAGUGUGACAAGAACUUGGCAAAAUGUCAAAAGCGAUGAACAGCAGUCCAAUGGUCAAUGCCAAGCAUCAACAGAAGCUGUUGAGCUUGAGAAAUUUAGUGUGACCUAAAAUGAGAGAAAUUUUAGCAAGCAUCCCAAGCAUCAGCUGUUUCAAGAUAUCUUUACAACAUUAGUUAAGGACAGACUUACCUGCAGGCAAUGGGUUAUUCAAGCUCCGUGCAUGCAUUUUCUUAGAUUAUUAAUCUGCCUGAGAUUAUUAAUAAGAGAUCCAUGCUACCAGGAAAUGCUCCACAGCCUGGGUGGAAUUGAAAAUCUAGGUCAAUAUAUGGAAACAGUAGCAAAUUGUUAUCUUAAUUACAAGGAAGAGCAGCGCAAUGUAGACAAGUUGGUCAACAUGACAUAUAUUUUCCAAAAGCUUGCUGCUGUUAGAAAUCAAAGGGAAUAAGAUAUAACAAGUGGAGCACAUAAAACCCUAGUAAAUUUAUUAUUUGCCAGAGACAGUUAUGUGGUUUUUGGUGCCCUCCUUGCUCUGACUAGUUUAGUAGAAUGUCCAGAAUGUAGAGAGGAGAUAAGUGAGAUUGUUGAGAACUUGCUGGUGAUAUUACAUGAAUAUGAUUUUCUCUCUAACAGGUUCAGAACAGAGUUGCUAUGACUCCUUUGUGCAGAGUCACGAGUCAAAGAGCAAAUAAAAAUGUACAAAGGAAUUCCGUUGCUCAGUUUGCUCCAUUCUGAUUGCAUCAAAAUUCUAUGGAGUAUAGUUUGGAUUCUGGUACAGGUUUGUGAAGCUCCUGAGACUACUGUGGAAAUUAGAAUCUGGGGUAGAAUCAAGCAGCUCCUUCAUAUGUUACAGGAGUAGGUUUUCAGUCCUCAACAUUCCCUGUUUUAUGAAAGAGCAUCUUUGGCUUCCAUUUUUAACACUGCAACUGCAGCAGGGAGAAUCCGGUAUCUUCAUUUGUCAGAUGAACUGAGUCCUGAUGAGAUACAAGAAAAUACUUGCUCACUUCAAGCAGCUAGUUGUGUUGCAAUUACUGAACUAGUGCUCAAUGAGGCUAAUGCUUACCAGGUUGUACAAGCAAAUGCAAUAUAUACAAUAGCAAAGGUAAUUUUAUCAAACAAAGAAAGGAAUGCUGAAAAAGCCAGUUUAUUACAGGAGAAUGUAUUGAAGCAAAUUGCUGAAAGUACUGAGAACAUGAAUCGGAAUAAGGCACCCACAAAUCGUGUAGGCAAUGAUGCAAUUUUAGAGCACCUUGGCAGUGGAGCUUUUGGAAGUGUAUGUAAGGUUAGAAAGCAUAAUGGACAACAUCUCCUGGCAAUGAAAGAAGUCAAUUUACACAAUCCAGCAUUUGGAAAGGACAAGAAUGACAGAGACAGCAAUGUAAAAAAUAUUGUCUCUGAAUUAGCCAUCAUCAAAGGGCAGCUUUAUCAUCUAAAUGUUGUAUGGUAUUACAGAACCUUCUUGGAAAAUGACAGGUUGUAUAUAGUGAUGGAUCUCAUGGAGGGAGUGCCAUUGGGAGACCAGUUUCACUAUUUCAAGGAAAAGCAACAACAGUUUACAGAAGAGGAAUAUAAGCUCUUUCUGUUUGUUUUUAAGCUUUGUCUAGCUCUUCGUUAUUUGCAUAAAGAGAAAAGGAUUGUUCAUUGAGAUCUCACUGUGAACAAUAUCAUGUUGGAGGAUAAAGACAAAGCUACAAUUAUUAAGCUUGCACUGAGCAAGAGCCAACAGAAACUAAUUUUUCUUACCUCUAUGGUAAUGAAUGUAUUGUACUGGUGUCCUGAAGUUGUAAAGGGUGAGCUGUGUGGAGAGAAGGCUGAUGUCUGGGCUGCAGGAUGCAUCCUUGAACAGAUGGCCACUCUGGGCCCACCAGUUUACAGCACCAAUGUGCCCUACUUGGCAACUAAGAUAGUAGGGGCUGUGUAUGAACCUGUGCCAGAAGGACUGUACUCUGAAAAAGUCUCAUUUACCAUUAAGAGAGAAUGUUCUUCCUGUGGCUGCUUGACUCCUGAUGCAGAGGCACGUCCAGACAUGUUAGAAAUCACCUCACUUGUGCCUCAUGUGAUGAUGAAAUAUCUGGAAUUUUUAUCCACCUCUCAUCUCAUGCUGGAGAAGAAACUGGAUUGGGAGAGGAGACAAACCCAGUGGUACUUCAUGGAGGCCAAUUGAAAUGCAGUAACUUAUCACCAUCAACUUCCCAUUUUAUCACAAGUAUUUUCUCUGAAUGACAAUGAGAUAGACAUAGUGGACAAUUCAAGCAGCUCCAGUUCAAGUAAUUUGGAAGAGUCUGCUGUUGGUAUAAUUAAACAAAGUUUCAGUGUUUCUGAAAGACAGCCUCAGAUAAAUGUUUCCUCUUUUAUUUCUUCCUCUUUAUUGCCUAUUGAUUUGCUUUUAAGAGUACCUUCACUCACCCACAGGCCCCACAUUAAGAAAAUCAAGUGUUUCUUCGUGAUGAGAUGGCAGUUUCAUAGUCUACCAGUUGUAGCUCUUUAAAAUGUGAAUCAUCAUGAUUUUAUUUAUAAUUCAUUGGCAGGAAUUGUUGAAUCACAAGGAAAGGUGCAUCAGAUCAGUGACCCUGUUCAGCAGAUUCUUGUUCAGCUGCACAAAAUUAUCUUCACCACUAAACUUCCUCCAGCUUUGCAAUGCAACUUGGAAAGGAGAAUCGUUGAGAGAUUCAAGAAGUCCAUUUUCAGUCAGAAGAGCAAUCCUUGUAAACUGGAAUAAGAAAUCAAAAAGGUCUUGCAAUAUGCUGCUGAAUUGAUUGAACCCAAUAUCUUCACAACAGAUUGGCAUGGGGUACAUCUUUCUUCAGGUGGAAAUAUGCUGCUGCCAGAUGAUAGAAAAGGCAUUCUUGGCACUUCUGGCAUGGCAGAAGGGAUGACAUAUGAGCAGUUGCAGGUUCUAAUUGAAGAGGUUCUAGAGGAAAGUGGUUAUUACAGUUUCUCUUCUUACAGGUCAGUCUAG